GAGGGAACGGCGCGGAGCGGGGCGCCCCGCGGGGAGCGGGGCGCCCCGCGGGGAGCGCUGCCUGCGUGGCGCCCGAGGCGGGGGGGCGGGGGCCGCGCGCAGCACGUGCUCGUCUGGGAACCGGCCGGGCCCGUGCGGGCGCGCGUGUGCGCGUGGGGCGUGGGGUGUGUGCCCGCGCCGUGCCCCCCGCGUGUGCUGCCGGGCGGGCGCCGGCGUGAGUCACGGUGGGGCUAGCCUUUAUAACGGCCCCGAGGCUCGCUGGAGCCGCCGCGCCCGUCAGCUUGCCGCUCAGCGCUCCACCCAGCGCGCCCCGGCCCCGAGCCCCCAACCGCCUCCGGCGGCCGCCCAGUACCGAGGGCGCCAUGAGAAGCCCGCGCUGCGCCCCACUCCUGCUCCUCCUGCUGCUGCCGCCGCUGCUGCUCACGCCCCGCGUCGGGGACGCCGCCGUGAUCACCGGGGCUUGUGACAAGGACUCCCAAUGUGGUGGAGGCAUGUGCUGUGCUGUCAGUAUCUGGGUUAAGAGCAUAAGGAUUUGCACACCUAUGGGCAAAUUGGGAGACAGCUGCCAUCCACUGACUCGUAAAAACAAUUUUGGAAAUGGAAGGCAGGAAAGAAGAAAGAGGAAGAGAAGAAAAAGGAAAAAGGAGGUUCCAUUUUUUGGGCGGAGGAUGCAUCACACUUGCCCAUGUCUGCCAGGCUUGGCCUGUUUACGGACUUCAUUUAACCGAUUUAUUUGUUUAGCCCGAAAGUAAUCGCUUUAGAGUAGAAACCAAAUGUGAAUAGCCACAUCUUAUCUGUAAAGUCUUACUUGUGAUUGUGCCAAACAAAAAAUGUGCCAGAAAGAAAUGCUCUUGCUUCCUCAACUUUCCAAGUAACUUUUUUAUCUUUGAUUUUUAAAUGAUUUUUUUUUAAUCGAAUGGGAAUUUUACUUUUGGAUAGAAAUAUAAAGUGUAAGGCAUUGUGGAACUGGUUCUCAUUUCCCUGUUUGUGUUUUGGUUUGGUUUGGCUUUUUUCUUAAAUGUCAAAAACAUACCCAUUUUCACAAAAAUGAGGAAAAUAAGAAUUUGAUAUUUUGUUCGAGAAACUUUUUUUUUCCUCACCAUCCCAAGCCCCAUUUGUGCCCUGCCACACAUACAUACAUACAUACAACUUUUGGUACCUUGCCUCUUCCACCUCAAAGAAUUUCAAGGCCCUUACCUUACUUUAUUUUUCUCCAUUUCUCUUCCCUGCCCUUGCAUUUUAAAGUGGUGGAUUUAUCUCUUUGAGUUUGAUGGCAGAAUCGCUGAUGGGAAUCCAGCUUUUUGCCGGCUAUUUAAAUAGUAAAAAGAGUUUAUAUGUGAACUUGACACUCCAAACGCCUCUCAUGACGUGGACGCUAGGAGUGCUGCCGGACCCUUCCUAAACCUGUCACUCAAAAGGACUUUGGCUCUGCUAUUGGGCUGGUGUGUGGACAGAAGGAAUGGAAAACUAAAUUAAUUUAGUCCAGAUUUCUAGAUUUGGGUUUUUCUAAAAAUAAAAGAUUACGUUUACUUCUUUUUCUUUUUAUCAAGUUUUUUUUCUUAGUCUCCUACUUAGAGAUAUUCUAGAAAAUGUCACUUGAAGAGGAAGUAUUUAUUUUAAUCUGGCACAACACUGAUUACCAUUUUUAAAUCGGCAUUAAGUUGUAAUUUAAACCUUGUUUGUAACCGAAAGGUCGAUUGUAAUGGAUUGCCGUUUGUACCUGUAUCAAUAUUGCUGUGUAAAAAUUCUGUAUCAGAAUAAUGACAGUACUGUAUAUCAUUUGAUUUAUUUUAAUAGUAUAUCCUUAUUUUUGUCA